AGGACGGCGAACGUGUAUUGUGGUUCUACUUCUACAAGAACUACCACCUUGCGAAGACUCUCCUUUGAUAGCGACCGCAACAGUGAAGAGCAUUUUUGCAGUAGCUUUCGUAUUCGUCUACUUCUGUCCAUUUCUAUCACUAGUACACAUCUCUCUGUAGAAGUACAAGCAGCAGACCAGAAGAAGUUGCAACUUAGUAGAUUUUCGACCGCAGUAGAGAACGCAAAAAUUCUAGAACAAGUAGAACACGAACUACUUAUACUUAAAUCAUGUCCUGUGCGGUUACCUCCCUAGUGUGGAUCCCAAAGGGCCGUUCCAAAAAGCGCCCGGAACGAUGGGAGGCGACCGACGCCGAGCUGAAAGCGUUAGAGGAGCAGUAUGGGAUCGAAGGAGAUAUUGAGGUCCCGGAAGGCGCCGGCGCUGAUGGAGAAGACGACAUUGAUAUGGAUUUGGAUUCCACAUUGGCCGAGGAAGACGGAGAUGAGGAGAGCUCUCCUGAUGAAGAGGAGGCACCAGCAGAGAACAAUGGCGAUGUUAAAAAAGCAGCUGCUUCGGCGAAAGUAAAGGACGAGAAGAAGACUGGUAAUAUUAAAACAUCAAGCAGUAAAAACGACAGCAAGAACGACGAAGAUGAAAUGAUCGAUUACUCCUCCGAUGAGGACGCAGAAGGGAACCCGAAACGAACCAACCUCCCCAUGAACGCAUUUACCACAAAUAACAUCACGGAUCACGAAGCGGCACUGUCCGACCCACUUUUGACCGCGGAGCAGCAGGAAUCCGAAUCCGAAGAUGAGGAGGAUAACAUCAUCAAGCCGACGGAUAAUUGCUUCGUCGCGUGUAGUUGUGAAGACGACGAGUGCACAUUGGAGGUUUUCGUCUACGACGAGGAGGAGGGAGCGAUGUACGUGCACCACGACUUGACCCUGAACGCCUACCCCUUGUGCGUCGACACGGUGACCAAUUUCAGCAAUAAAAAUGGCAACUACGGGCUUCAAGACCGGGUGUACACCAAUUUAGCUGCCGUGGGCCAGUUUGACAACAACAUUGACAUUUGGGACUUAGACGUCCUAGAGCCCAUGGCGCCGGUUUUGACGUUGGGCGGAAGUGCGACCUCGUCGGGGGUGACAGGGAAAAAGUCGAAGAAGAACAAGAAAACCAGCGCGGACGCCGGAAGCUUGGGAGGUCACACGGGUGCGGUCAUGUGUCUGAAUACACACAUAUCCACAAAAAAAAACCCAUCCACAUCCAUUUUUUGCAUGACAAACACAGGAUUUUAUGUAUGUUUUGCAUGACAAAUUGGAUGUGGAUGGGUGUUUUUUCCUGGAUAACACAUGACAGAGAGAAAUCUGCUUUGCUCCGGCGGGGCAGAUAAUUGCGUGAAGAUUUGGGACUUGGAGAAGGCUGCCUGCGUGCACACAUUCAAGCACCACGAGGACAAGGUAGAUUGAUAUUUUGGAGGAUUUAGUUUGUAAACGACACAAUCCAAUGUGCUGUUGCGAGCGCGAAAUAUAAAUACUCAUACUGGACUCCUGGCCGCUGCUGCGCCAGCGCGCCAUUGUAGUACUUACUUCUGCAGGAGUCGAUGUAGUACUUCACGCGUCGCCGGGCAGAGAGUAGCUCGCCAUUCUUUUUAUUGCAGAAUUGCAUUCUCGCCUGAGCUUUCUCGCCUGAGUCUGGUCGAUAUGAGGGCCUUCUCGGUUUCCCCGAGAGUUUUGUCCUCGUUUUUUCGACCGUUUUAAGCUAGUCAGGCGAGCUUUCUUGCGCAUACGUACGUAGAUCUCCUGGUGCCUCGGCACUUAGAGGCUUAGGGUCGGAACGUUCUCAGCACUGCUGAAGCUUAAGAAGAAAAGGGCGUGCACGCCCUGGCCUUCAGUUUGCUCUGCCUUUUAUCCUUUUGAAAUCGUUUACUAAAAUCCUCCUUUUUUGUGUUGCCUCUUGUUCCCCGGGCCCAACUGGCACCAAGCAGCUUUUUUUCCCCUAGGUUUAGGCUUAGGUAGGCCGCCACCGCAGCCGGCACGGGAUGACUGUCGACGCGUCCGUCUCGCCUUCGAUACGCCUUCUCGUGCUGCACAAGUUCGAUCCAGAAGGGUUUUGUUUAGGUUUCAGGGUUUAGGUUAUCCACUUUUAUUGCAGAAUUGCAUGAGAAACUGCUCACAAUUAUUUUCUUCAUCUCGUGCAAACACACUUUUAUCAGGUCCAAUGCGCGAAGUGGCACCCGACGGAGCAGUCGGUUCUCUUAACCGCGGGCUAUGACAAGAAGCUUUGCCUUCUGGAUGUGAGAAAAUCGGAAAAGCACGCGGUGAAGAUGCAAUUGUCCGCGGACGCGGAGCAAGCUUGCUGGAACAACGAAAACGAAAACAUCUGCUACGUCACGACAGAAGACGGAAAGGUGUACUGCUACGACGCGAGAAUGAUCGUGAAAGACGGGGAUAAUUGCUCCCCGAUGUGGGUGUUGGACGCUUUCCAGAAGGUAUAGCAAGUCUUGCAUUGCAAAUCUUUUUCUUACGGUAAAUCCGCAUUACAAAUUUUCUUUCUCAUGCUGAGGAAAUGGAAAUUUGUAAUGCGAUUGCGAUACUUUUGCAAUUCAUAGGACAACUGCUCCCCCAUGUGGGUGUUGGACGCUUUUCAGAAGGUAUAGUAUAGUGAAAAUCAUUAUAUUCGAUAAAAUUUGUAAUGCGAAUUUGAAAAUGCACGAGCAAAAAAUGAACCUAACAACAACGAACAGGGCGCCUGCUCCGCGCUUGCGCAGCGCAACAACGUGCUCCUUGUCGGCGGAAUUGAGGGAACCGCGAAGGUCUACGAUUUACGCGACAUUGAGCAGAACGCGGGACACACAACUCAUCAAGAAGUUUUCUCGAAACAGAUGAACGUGGGGCCGAUUUUCGCUUCUGCCGGCCCCGUGUCGAAGGACAAUUCGGAUUCGAUGUUUCUGUUAUCCGGUCACACGGUGGCGCUGUGGGACUUGGCGAGUGAGCAAAAACUCGUGGAAAGGUUCGGGUUCAAGUGAGAAUGAUGUUGAAAGGUCAUCUCCUUCACAUCAUGUUUGUUGAUGAGGCGCACAGCGAUCAUAUGGUAGCGAACUACGAACAGUACUCUAAUAUGUACGUUCAUUGCAGCAACCACACAAUCCAACACAGAUGACCUGGCCAAAUG